AAUCUUUAACAUAAUUACUGUAUUAUUGAAUUGCAUUCAAGAAGUAUUAUUAAGAACAGAAAUUUCUGUGUUACAUACUGCUCUGAAUUUCAAAGUUUUAAACAUUGCAAGACUUUUUCAGUUUUUAAACGGUUUGGUCCAACAAUAUCGAUUAAAUUCUUCAUUAAAAAAAAUAUUGUAUUUAUCUUUUAACUAUGGAUGGUAAGUUUAGAUUUGCUAUUGAUCGUGGAGGCACAUUUACAGAUAUUUAUGCUAAGUGUCCUAAUGGAAAAGUACAUGUAAUGAAACUUUUAUCAGUGGAUCCAUUAAAUUAUGAAGAUGCGCCUCGUGAAGGAAUUAGACGAAUAUUGCAGUUGGAAACUGGAAUUCCUUUUCCUCCAAAUGAACCUAUUGAUAGUUCUUAUAUUGAAUGGAUUAGAAUGGGUACAACAGUUGCUACAAAUGCUCUUUUAGAACGUAAAGGAGAGCGUAUGGCUCUACUAAUUACAAAAGGUUUCAAAGAUUUACUACAUAUAGGAAAUCAAGCCAGACCAAAAAUAUUUGACCUAGAAAUCACAACUCCAGAUGUUCUUUACGAUGAAGUUGUUGAGGUAGAUUGUAGAGUAGUUAAUUUAAACUGUGAAAGAAAUGAUAAUUUGGAACCUAUUUGGGGUGAUUUACCGAUUGUUCAUGGACUGACUGGUGAAGAACUUAUAAUAUUAAAACCUGUCAAUGAAAAUGCAGUAAAAAAUGAUUUAAUUUCACUAAAAGCCAAAGGAAUCCAUAGCAUAGCUGUAGCAUUUAUGCAUUCUUAUACUUUUGUUGAUCAUGAGUUAACUGUUGGUAAAAUAGCAAAGGAAGUUGGCUUUAAACAUGUCUCUUUAUCACAUAAAAUAAUGCCUAUGGUAAAAAUUGUACCAAGAGGUUUUACAGCUUGUGCUGAUGCUUAUUUGACACCUCAUAUAAAAAAAUAUGUUGAAGGUUUUGCUUCCGGAUUUAAAAAUCAUUUGAAGGAUGUUAACAUACUUUUUAUGCAAAGUGAUGGUGGACUUACACCUAUGAACAGUUUUAAUGGAUCAAGAGCAGUUUUAUCUGGUCCUGCUGGCGGUGUAAUUGGGUAUACAGCUACUACUCCCUAUAAACCUGUUAUAGGUUUUGAUAUGGGUGGAACAUCAACAGAUGUUAGUCGUUUUGAUGGAAAUUUUGAACAUAUUUUUGAAUCUAUUACUGCUGGAAUUACUAUUCAAGCACCUCAAUUAGAUAUAAAUACUGUAGCAGCUGGUGGUGGUAGCAGAUUAUUUUUUAGAUCUGGAUUAUUCGUUGUAGGUCCUGAAAGUGCAGGAGCUCAUCCAGGACCAACUUGUUAUCGAAAAGGAGGUCCAUUAACAGUCACUGAUGCAAAUUUAAUGCUUGGUAGGUUAUUACCAGACUUUUUUCCAUCAAUAUUUGGCCCAACUGAAAAUGAGCCUCUAGAUAUUGAAGCUACCAAAAAAGAAUUUGAGAAUCUUACAAUUGAAGUAAAUGAAUUUCUAAAAAAACAAUCAGGUGAUGUUAAAUUAAUCACUAUUGAAGAUGUUGCAAUGGGAUUUAUUAGAGUUGCAAAUGAAGCUAUGUGUCGCCCAAUUAGAGCAUUGACUCAAGCUAGAGGAUAUGAUACACGACAACAUACACUAUCAUGCUUUGGUGGAGCAGGAGGGCAACAUGCUUGUGCAAUUGCUCGUUCUUUAGGAAUCAAUAAAGUAGUCAUACAUAAAUAUGCUGGAAUACUAUCUGCUUAUGGAAUGGCAUGUGCAGAUGUUGUUCAUGAAAUUCAAGAACCUUGUUCUGUGACAUAUGAUUAUGAAAACUUUGAAUAUAUAAAUAAGCAUAUUUCUGCUUUAAAAAAAAAGUGUAAAGAAGAACUUAAAAAGCAAGGCUUUUCGGAUAAUCAGAUACAGGUUGAAUCUUUUUUACAUCUACGUUAUGAUGGCACUGAUACUGCACUUAUGUGCUCAGUAACACCAAACAAUAACAAUGUUUUAAAAACUAUUGAUGGUGAUUUUUUAAGCAGUUUUCAAAUGAGGUACCAUAAUGAAUUUGGAUUUACACUUUCUGGACGUACAGUUUUUGUUGAUGAUAUACGUAUCAGAGGAGUGGGAAAAACACUCAUUAAUGAUUCAAUUCAAGAACAUGAAGAUUUUAAUGAACUUCCUAAUGUUGAAUCGACUAAAAUGAUUUAUUUUGAAGAAUUGGGAUAUAAAAUGUGCCCUGUAUAUUUAUUUAAUAAACUAUCUAGGGGUAAUACAAUCUUUGGACCAGCUAUUAUAAUGGAUAAAUUGAGUACAAUUUUAAUUGAACCUUCGUGUAAAGCUCUAAUUAGUAAUUCUGGAGAUAUUGAAAUUGAUAUUGACUGUAAAAAUUUUAUAAAAAUUGGUACUGAGCUUGAACCAAUUCAAUUAAGUAUAUUUUCUCAUAGAUUUAUGAGUAUUGCUGAACAAAUGGGCAGAAUCCUUCAAAGAACAUCUAUAUCAACAAAUAUAAAAGAACGUUUAGAUUUUUCAUGUGCAUUAUUUGGUCCAGAUGGAGGUUUAGUAUCUAAUGCACCUCACAUUCCUGUUCAUUUAGGUGCUAUGCAAGAGGCUGUUCAAUAUCAAAUUAAAACUAUCGGUCAUGAAAUUCAAGAGGGUGAUGUAAUUCUGAGUAAUCAUCCAAAAGCUGGCGGUUCUCAUCUCCCUGAUUUAACGGUUAUUACUCCUGUGUAUUAUCCAGGACAGUCUAAGCCAGUAUUUUAUGCUGCUAGUCGUGGACAUCACGCUGAUAUUGGAGGUAUUACUCCUGGAUCUAUGCCACCACAUUCAAAAUCAUUAUCUGAAGAAGGGGCCCAAUUCAAAAGUUUCUUUUUAGUACGACAAGGUAUUUUUUGUGAAAAAGAGGUUACUGAUGCUCUUAUGGCACCUGCUGCUAUACCUGGUUCAUCUGGUACUAGAAAUUUGAAGGAUAACUUAUCAGAUUUAAAGGCUCAAAUUGCGGCUAAUCAAAAAGGCAUUUAUUUAGUAACAGAACUUAUUGAUACAUAUGGUUUGGAUGUUGUUCAAGCAUAUAUGUUUCAUAUACAAAAUAAUGCUGAACUUGCAGUUAAAGAUAUGUUGAAGAACAUUGGUCAAACAUUUUCCCAUGAAAAAAAUACAUUAAACUCUAUAGAUUCUAUGGAUGAUGGUUCUGCCAUAAAUCUUUCAGUACAAAUUAAUGUCGAAAACGGUGAAGCUAUAUUUGACUUUAGUGGAUCAAGUUAUGAAGUAUUGGGUAAUUGUAAUGCACCAAAAGCAAUUACAUUAUCUGCAUUAAUUUAUUGUUUAAGAAGUAUGAUUGGUUAUGAUAUACCAUUAAAUCAAGGUUGUCUAAAACCUAUCAAAAUUAAGAUACCACCAGGUACUAUUCUUGAUCCGUCUGAAAAUGCUGCAGUUGUUGGUGGUAAUGUCCUAACUUCUCAACGUAUUGUUGAUGUGGUAUUAAAAGCAUUUAAUGCUGCAGCGGAUAGUCAGGGUUGUAUGAAUAAUAUAACAUUUGGUCAAGAUAAUUGGGGAUAUUAUGAAACAGUGGCUGGAGGAUCUGGAGCUGGUCCUUCAUGGAGAGGUCGUAGUGGUGUUCAUACUCACAUGACUAAUACACGCAUAACAGAUCCUGAAAUACUAGAAAGAAGAUAUCCAGUGUUAUUGAAAAAAUUCACCUUGCGUGAAAACUCUGGUGGACGAGGUAAAUAUUAUGGUGGAGAUGGCAUAAUUAGAGAGCUACAAUUUAGGUCAUCUAUUACUUUGUCAAUUUUAACUGAAAGACGGUCAUUUACACCAAAUGGAAUCAAAGGCGGAGAAAAUGGAAAAAGAGGAGAAAAUAUAUUGAUAAAACGUGAUGGUAGAAAAAUAAGACUUGGUGCUAAAACUGCUGUUGAUAUGGAACCUGGUGACACCUUUUUCUUGUUGACUCCUGGAGGAGGUGGUUAUGGUUCAUUAGUUAGCCAUACUAAUGAUAUUAGUAGUAAUAUUAAAAAAACAACUGUCAAUUCUAUCAUGGAACGAGGUUCGUUAUACAAUUAUCAAAUGCUCCAAGAGUCAGUUUAAAAAUUAUUAUUUAUAAAUACAUAUUUUUUAAUAAAAAAAAUUGAUAGCAUUUA